CUGAAUGCAGAGGACAAAAACAUCAGACGCUGGUGGAGAGAAGUCUUUCCGACAAAGUCCUUCAGCAUUCAAAGCAGGUUUCUCUCUGAAGAAUGGCAGAUUUCAGCAUCAACAACACCUCACAGGACUACGGCUAUGAUAACAACACCACCAACAGCCACUCUGAUGACCCUGAGUUUUACAGCAAAGUCAUAUAUGUGGUGACAUGUGUAAUCACUUCUAUCGGACUUCUUCUGACCACAGUAGCCAUCUAUUCUCUUUAUACUCUGGUGAGAAAGGAUCAUGUUGUUCCGAUCUACGUCGUCAACCUUCUCAUCUCAGACCUCAUUCAGCUCUGCUGCUUCAUCCCUCUGGUGACAGACAGUGGUUCUGUGAUGAGACUUAUCAUACUUAUAAUCUACAUUAGUAGUCUGAUGGUCAGUGUUGGCUUCAUGGUGUGCAUCGCCCUGGCAAGGUAUCUGGUCAUCGCCCGUCCACUGUGGUACCGCUUCAGACACACCAUCAAGUUCUGUGUUGUUCUCUGUGUUGUGGUCUGGGUCCUUUCUCCUGUCAGUGUCCUCUCACUUUUGGAACUUUCGGUGCUGCAGGAUGUUUUUAUCGCACCAAUCAUCAUGGGGACUUUCUUCCUCCUCCCUCUCCCACUGCUCAUCUUCUUCCUGGGUGGGACCAUCAGAGCUCUGUCUGCCAGUCGUGUCCCCUCUGAUGAAAAACGAAGAAUUGUUGGAGUUUUGGUCCUGGUGCUGCUUAUCUACACACUGCUGUUUCUGCCAGCCAUCAUUUUGUUCAUGACAGAGAAAGACAUUCACCAUCUCCCAUUAGUGGCUAAUGUGUUUGUCAAGUUGAGUCCCCUUGCAGACUUAUUUCUGUAUGUUUUCAUGAGGAAAGGGACCAUAGACAAGUUUCUGGCCUCUGUGUGUUGCUGCAGAAUGGACAGCAAUGACAGCAGCAGAAUGGACAGCAAUGAUAUCAGCAGUUCAACAGUGUGA